UCCUCAACCUCUAAGUCCUCCAGCAUGUCAUCCGCUGCUGCUUCAUCGUCUUCCGAUCCUUAUGCGCCUUUCUACUACUGGGAUGCAGCGGCUUACAACUGGGCCUUCGACUACAAUGGCUACUAUGCAACGUAUGGGUACCCUCAGCAAGGUAGCGCAGGCGGUGCCUCUUCCUCAGCAUACCCCGCUUCUUCUGCCGCUGCAGCUCCAACGAACAACAUCUUCACCAGCGCCGCCCCUGCCACCACCUCCUCCUCCGCCGCUGCUGGCGGCGCAGCUCAGACCGUAGAGGAGAAGCGCCGCAAAGCAAUCACGGGUGGCGCAAGAGAUGCGCAGGGUAAUGCACUUGCUGGAUCACUCAAAAGAGGGGAGCAUCGCACUACGGUCAUCAGAAAAGGGCCGAACGGCGAUUACGAGGAUCCCACCCUUCUCGAAUGGGAUCCCGCUCACAAACGUCUCUUCGUCGGAGACCUGGGCAACGAUGUGACUGACGGUCUGUUGACCUCGGCUUUCCAGAAAUACCCCUCCUUCGUCAAGGCCAGAGUGAUCCGCAAGAAGCUCGAUGGCAAAGCGCGGGGAUAUGGUUUUGUGUCAUUCAGCAACCCGGAGGACUACUUGCGCGCUUGGAAAGAGAUGAAUGGUCGUUACAUUGGGAGUAGGCCUGUUAGACUCAAGGCUGCAGAGAGUAGUGUCGAAGCCAAGGACAUUGGGUAUAGGCAGGAUAGGAAGUUGGCAGAGAAUGUUAAGCAUGAGGCGUUCAAGGCAAAGUAUCAGAUGGGUGGGGCAGUGGGAGGCAGUUUGAGGCGGCAUGGUGUGGGCAAGGCUUGGGCUUCCAAGUGAGCGGAUCGAGGCUCGCACGGGCGAGGAUUGUUGCUAUGAUCUGGAUAUCGUCUAUUCAUUACUGGCCAAAGUCCCCACCGAAGCUACCCCCCACCUUCGUCUGGCUGAAGUCCAUCUCCCUGUCACGGUUGCGAGGCAAGCUUGCUCGGUCAGAUAUACCAUCGAUUCUCCAUUGAGCCGCUCCAAUGAGUGGGCUACUCACGGAUGUUCGCGCUUGAACUUCUCGAAGAUCUCACUCUGCUUCUGCUGAUCACUGGUGGGCAGGCCCAUCUCCUUCUGUCGAUUAUCGAACAUCAUCUU